GAUAUCCUUUAUCCGAGACCGUGACCAAAACGUCCAUAACUCAAGUCAAAACACACUACACGGAAGUAUCGAACACGGGUUAUUAACGCGGAACGAGGUAAUUUCAAGUAGUUUUAUUCAUAGAAAUAAAAAUGCCGAUGAUUAAACUGCAAAGUUCGGAUGGUGAAGUAUUUCAAGUCGACUUUGAGAUCGCCAAGGCUUCUGUAACUAUCAAAACUAUGGUCGAAGACUUGGGUUUAGAAGAAGAAGACGAAGAAAUUGUGCCUUUACCAAAUGUAAACGCUGGCAUAUUGAAAAAAGUGAUCCAGUGGGCCACGUACCAUAAAGAUGACCCACCGCCACCUGAAGAUGAUGAAGGACGCGAGAAGCGUACCGAUGAUAUAUCAAGCUGGGAUGCUGACUUUUUAAAAGUAGAUCAGGGUACUCUAUUUGAACUUAUUUUAGCUGCUAACUAUUUGGAUAUCAAAGGUCUGUUGGAUGUUACUUGUAAGACUGUUGCUAAUAUGAUCAAAGGCAAAACUCCAGAGGAAAUAAGGAAGACAUUUAACAUCAAGAACGAUUUCACUGCUGCUGAGGAAGAUCAAGUACGUAAAGAGAAUGAAUGGUGUGAAGAAAAAUAAUCUUAACAUCAAUUAUAAUAAUUUACAAAUUAUUUUUUCAUCCUUAUAAUUCAUUAUAUUAAAAUUAAAAUAUCCAAGAUUUUGUUUUAUAAAGCAUUAGGUAUUUCAUUAGUAUGUUUUACUGUAAGAAGGAUACUUUUCCUUGGCCUUAUUAAAUGAAGUACUUUUUCAUAA